AUGGCUAACACUAUCAAAUCUCUCGAAGCAUCUGACUUCAAAUGGAACACUUCUACUGACCUCAUUACUUUCAGCAUCAAUGCUCCUCCCAGCUCUUUUCCUGCAACCUCUUCCUCAUCUCAUAUCUUCUCUGCUGAAGGCUCCAGCCCCACCAAACCAGACAUCAGGCCUAGUGUUGAGUUCAGAGAGGGUCGCAGGUGCAGGAGAGGUGACGGAACCUCUUUCACUAACCAUGCCUCUUCCAACACCACAUCCAACCAGAACGAUGUGUCUUCCUCUACAACUAAUGACUCAUCUUACGAAAAAAUCACUUCCCUCCCAUCUUUAGCACUUCGUUUGGCCCAACUACUCUACUCUACACCCUAUCUAACCCCAUAA